AUGAAUAUCCCCGACGCCCAUCUCUACGACCUCCCCAGCUGGUCCUUUGUCGACCCGUUCGACGACCAGGCCUUUCGCCUGCACGCCAGCGCCAACACCAACACCCACACCACCGCCUCCGACGGACAGCUCCUCUCCACGAUGCCCAUGAGCCCGUUUGGCCUGUCCAGCUGGGACCAGCUGGACAUGCACCUGGCGCACGAGCUGGGCGACGACCGCGACGCCAACCCCAACCCCGCCAAGUCGGGUUACACAUACAAUUACCCGGACCGAGCAGCGAGAUUCCCCGACGCCAAAAACCUGCUCACACCCGAGGAUCUCGCCACCGUCGAUCUCGACGACCUGCUGCGCUCGACCUCGCAGCUGGCCACCGAGCGCGCCCUCUACAUGACCGUCGGCAGUCCUACGUCCAUGUCCCUGCCCAUGCUGGACGCCUGCAGCUCGCCCGGCAGCAGCCAUCUCUCGUCCGGCGCCAGCGACGCCGAGGCCGAGGCCGACGCAGACUGGGAGCGCGACCUCGUCUACCGUCUCCCGGAUCCUGCCGCCUCCACCGCCGCCGCUCCCUUUCACCCGGCGCCGUUGUUCUACCCCCAGGACCUGCCGCAGGAGGUGUAUGCGACGCCAGAAUGCAGCGGCCUGACCCCGCUCGAAAUGCCCGACGGUAGCACGCGCUUCACCUCCAACUGGCUGCCGGUGGAUCCCGAGGGCGGCUUCACCAUCCACGCCGCGGCUACGGCGACAACGCCGUUUUCGCCCUGUCCGCUGGAGUAUCCGGAUUCGAUGCCGGAGGCGUUUAUUUCUGUGGGACGGCGGGUGGACUCGACGGCGGGUUGA